CAAGAGCUCUGCAAGUGGGGCCCAGGCUGGACAGUGGGCACCUGCUGGGACACCCCUGCCUGCAAUGCCCCCUUCUUCCCCAAGGCCUCCAGCCCUGCCCAUCAGCCAGCUGGGCAGGGACAGUCAGGCCUGUGGGGGCAAUCUCUCAGGGACGCUUCCCCCGGCCCCGUGGAGGUGCUCGUUCCUGGUGCCGUUUGCUCUCUCCCCUCCAGCGUGCAUGCUGUGUCGCCGGGCAGAGGCUGACCCAGAUAUCUGCGGGCGCAAGCUGCAGAAGCAUGGGCUCUGUGCCCAUGAGUUUUGCCUGUUUUUUGCCAAUGGCCUUUGCCAGCAUCGAGUCGAGGAAUUAGGACUCUUGGGAUUUCUCCCUGAAGACAUUCGACGGACAGUUGACUGGGCAGCACAGAAGCACUGCUUCGUCUGUGGAGAGAGCGGGGCCACCAUCACCUGCUGGGAGAUGAGCUGCGAGCGCAGCUUCCAUCUCCCCUGUGCCGUGGAGGGUGGAUGCGUCACCCAGUUCUUCUUUCAGUACAGGUACCUCUUCUCCCUACCUCCACCCACCAGGAAGGGACUCAGCAUGUCUCACCGCACCCGUCCCUUUCUUCUGCCCCCCAGGUCCUUCUGCUGGGAGCACCGCCCAGAGCAGGCAGUGGAGGCGGCUCCAGAGGCGAAUACGACCUGCCUCAUCUGCCUGGAGCCUGUAGGGGACAAGAAGACCCAUGGCAUCCUGGUGUGCCCAGCGUGCAAGCACGCCUGGUGCCACAGAGGUUGCAUCCAGGGACAGGCUGUGCGUGAUGGCAUUGCUGGUUUCCGGUGCCCUCUGUGCAGGGACAGGGACGCGUUUCCCUUGGAAAUGCUCACCAUGGGCAUCCGAAUCCCCUUCAGCCUGCCAUCACGGGACAGCCAUGCAGAUGAGGCGCUGCUUGCACGGCACAGCCGCUGUGAUGCCAGUGGGUGCCUUUGCCCAGGAGGCAGGCAGCAGGCAGACGGAGAGGGGUCCUUCUGCUGGGAGCACCGCCCCGAGCAGGCAGUGGAGGCAGCUCCAGAGGCGAAUACCACCUGCCUCAUCUGCCUGGAGCCUGUGGGCGACAGAAAGUCCUAUGGCAUCCUGGUGUGCCCAGUGUGCACCCGGCACCGCCAGACAGUCAGGAGCGGGGCCUUCCCUCCACUCCCUGGCACCUGGGACCAGUAGCACCGACACCGCCAGCCAGGCAUCGUCAUGGCAGUCUCUCAGAUCUCUGGCACCCAAGAGCAGCCGCCCCAGCACCAGCAGGCGGGUGCCAUCGGGGUCCUCCUCCAUCUCCCCAGCACUCCAGGGCAGCAGCUGCUCCAGCUCCUCUGGGUUAGAGAGGGUGCAAGACCACGCCUGAUUGCAAUGUCAGGCCCAAAAUCCCUACAGCCAGCCCACAAGAUGCUGAGGCAGGAGCUGCAAGCCAGCAUCAAGUGCUGAGAGCAGCAAAGCCAGCCCGGCGGGACUGGGGCCUUCCCACAGCUCGCUGGUACUCAAGACCCACAGCCGCAGCACCGCCAGCCAGUGGCCACUGGGGUCUUCCUGUGGCUCCCCAGCACUUCAGGGCAGCAGCCAUUCCAGCCUCCCUGGGCCUGUGCAGAUGGAAGACCGCUCCUGCUUGCCACGUUUGGCCCAAGUUCCCUACAGUCGUCCCAGACAACAAGGCGGGACCAGUCGUGCGCUGUGUGA